CACCGCCACGUCACCGAGAACUAGAUGACGGCGCCGAAGAAGCGGUACAUACAUUUACAUUACAUUACUUAGCCGCGUGUCCACCGCACAUCCGUCACCCGAGCGCCGUCAUCCCGGCCGCCGAAAUUGCGAGUAGAUCGGCGUGACCGCUAGAUCGUCGCCCGAGAUUUUGACGGGCCGAUGUGCCGGCAAUACAAAACACGUAUGAACUUGUCCACACACUGCCGUCGCCGUCGCACCGUACACGAGCUCAGUUAUUAUUUUGUUUGUAAUCAAUUAUCAUUAAUUAGUAUAACAUUGCAAUAAAAAUGGCGAAAAAAUUUAAAUACGAUAUUUAUUCAUCAAUAGAAAUUAUAGAAAGUAAAGAAUGUUUGUGGGAUAAAACCAAGGAAGUGUCCAAAGAUAAAGUUUUGCGUAGAAAUGCAUGGCGCGAUGUUUGUGCCUUUUUAGAGCCGAACUUUGAGGAUAUGGACCAGAAAAACAAAGACGAAAUUAUAUUACCUCCAGUGUUCAUUGUCUAUUUACCACUUUGGUUUAAAAUGCCUAGACAUGCAUUAUUUUCUAAUUCGGAAAUGCAUGAGCUUGUCGACGUUAUGUUCAAUUGUAUCCAAAUAGGAGGCAGCCAGAUUUUAAACUAUUUAAAAACGUUUACCAGAGACUUGGAGAGACUGGUUCAUUCAUGCCAGAACGGGAUAUUGGACGUCCAAAUAGACAUAAUGUGGAAGUAA